UCUAACUACUCUCUGGAUACCGUGUGUAACGUGUGUUUUGAAGUGGAAGAUGUGGAGAAGACGUUCAGUGCUCUCCACAAGCAAGGGUGCGAUGUCCUGGUGCACCCAACAACGGAAAAGUACACCUGAUGUCAUGCGGUGGUACGAGAAAUACUUUGGCUUUCAAAGGUUUUUCAUUGACAGGGAUGAGGAUGUAAAUGAAGGGUUCGUUCUCAACGAGAAUGGCAUUGGUCUGCGACUGACUGCCAUGGAAUAUUGGAAAUGCAGUGAAUCGGGACUGAUGCUCCCCUUUAAAGGCAAUGAGCCAGACUGCAAGUUUGUUAUUGCAGAAUCACUGCCUGAGCAAGGAAGAAACCAGGUGGACAGCUUCUUGGAGAAGCAUGAGGGGGCAGGGAUUCAGCACAUUGGCCUUUCCACCCAGGACAUUGUCUCCACGGCACAAAGUCUGGCACAGGCUGGGGUGGAGUUCUUCAGUCCUCCUCCUGCCUACUACACUGAGGUGGGAAAGCAGCAGGAGAUGGUGGAUGCUGGCCAUGACCCUGAGCUGCUGUCUCGAUAUGGGAUCCUACUGGAUACUGACCUACGCCAGGAUACUUCAGACCCUGACGGUGGCCUUGAUCCUGCUAAAAGCAAUAGGUACCUGCUCCAGAUAUUCACCAAGCCCAUCUUUGCAGAGGAUACUUUUUUCUUGGAGCUCAUAGAGCGAAGAGGGGCAUCUGGUUUUGGGGAGGGGAACAUCCGAGCCCUGUGGAGAUCUGUGCAGGCUUAUAUGGAGAGCCAGAAAGAGAAAACUGGGGAACACAACUCUGAGAGUGUUACAGCACAGGCUGGGAAACACUGAAAAUAAAUCCAUAGUUUCAAAAGAUUUAGUAAGAAUGUUUCUAAAUGUUUAGUCUGAACUCAAGUCAAAUCACUUUGUCAGGCCAUGACAUAAAACUGGGAAAUGAACACAGAUGACUGCAAACCAAAUAAACAUUUCCUUUAUUAUCUUUUGUAUACAAAUCAAA